UGAUAAGCCCCGCUUGCGCAGCGAGAUGGUGAGAUGGAUGCGGCAACUUGCGCUGCGCCAUGAACCGACACGAACGGUCGAAUCGCAAUGGCCAGAGGCCGCGUACACAAUGACCACCUUCAGCCCAGCGAUGCUGUGGCAGCCAGCAAGGCCCUGCAAGCUCUGGCGAAGGAUGGGCGAUGGCGGUGCUCGAUGCACACUUUUCGCGUCUUCGCAGCCGGACGCUUGCAGCCGGACGCGGUGGUGAUGAAUGUCCUGAUCAAUGCCUGUGCCAAGAGCAAGCGAUGGCUCUUUGCCCGCCAGCUGCUGGUUGACUUCACCCUGUACGGCAUACAAAGGACUGCAGCCACGCUGAACAGCAGCAUGAGCGCUUGCGGGGCCUUGCGCUGGGCAGAGGCUUUGGGGAUCUUUGAUGGCUACCGGGACUUGCGAAGCGACCUGACCAGCGCCACCAUCCUGCUCAGAAGUUCGCGGUGGCGUUCAUCCUUGCAGAUGCUCAAGGCAGUCGAAAAGAUGGCGCUACGGUCCAACCUGAUCACCUACAAUGCGGCCCUCCAUUCUGUGAGCAAGGACUUGCCCUGGCAAGGUGUGCUGCGCUUCCUGCAUGGCAUGCGUGCCACAUCUGUGCAAGAAGAUGCUGCUUCCUGGGAAGCGGUGGGCCUCCCCUGGCGCCGGGCCCUCGCGUGGCCCAUGGCCUUGGGCGCUCUGAGGGCCGGCCAGGUCUUGGGAGUGCUGACCCGGCUGUCCGCUGGCGGGCAGUGGGAACACGUCCUUCACUUGCUCCGGCUUGCGCGGUCCAUGGCCGGAUUCUCGGUGGCCGGCCACUGUGCUAAAUGGGCGCAGGCAGUGUCAGUCCUGCGUUGCGCGAAGUUCAUGGCCCUGGAGACGGACACUGCCGCGCAGAACACUCUCCUAAGCAGCUUCUCGCGUGGAAUGCUGUGGCAGCAGUGUGCCAAAGCAUUGGAGGAAGGCAGCGCCAAGUCGGUGGAAAGUGACGUGAUCUCCUUGAACGUAGCUAUGGAUGCGGCGCGCAUCAACUGGCACAAAGCCUUGGCUGAGAUCGGACGCAUUCGCGCUCAAGGCCUGUCAGGACGCGGCAUCGCCCAAGGUGCGGCGGUCGGCUCCGCGACAGCCUGGGACCGCUCUUUGGCGCUGGCGCGUGCACUGCGCGAAGUGGCAGUCCCGACUGCGCAUGGCUCCAGCGCACUAGUGGCAGCAAUGCGUGGGCGGUGGCAGCGGUGUGAAGUGCUCCUUGCAGACCUGCGGAGCCGCAGGUGGCGGACUCCUUCUGCUGCCGUCUUUGGAGCUGUUCUUGGAGCAUGGGCAGCUGAAGCAAAAUGGCGGCAAUCACAGGAAGUGUUCAGGGCUUUGGCGAUAGCCUCUGUCCAGCCAGAUGCGGCGAUCUAUGGGUCAGCAUCUAUUGCUCAAGACUGGUCAUUUGCCUUACUCCUGCUGGACCACAUGCAGCAGAGAGCGCUGGAGGCCACCUGCAGCAACUUCAACAUCGCGGUGGAUGCGUGCGAGUGGUCGGUGGCCUUCCACUUGGUUCGCAUGGAGGAGAGAGUCCGGCCAGACCUGGUCACCUGGAGCUGCCUGGCGGCCUCCACGCGGUGGAGGGAGGCGCUGGCAGUGAAGGGGCGCGCUGCCCGCCUGGGGCAGGGCAGGUCCCAGAUCCUUUGCAGCACAUCCAUUGCGGCCUGCCAGCAGGCGCAAUGGCAGCAGGCAUUGCAGCUACUACAUGGCGACGUCAAGGGUGACGCAGUCAUGUACGGAGCCGCGGCCAGUGUGUGCGAGAAGGAUGCGCGAUGGCAAUGUGGCCUGCGUUUGAUGGCGGAUGCUCAUGAGCGUUUCCUGGAAGUGAGCAUCAUGCUCAACACGAUUGCUACCCUUUGUGAGAGGUCCGGGUCCUGGGAAUUUCCGUUGGCCCUCCUCCGCUCCAAUUCAUCCGCCGUGAUGCUCCAUGCGGCAAUUCGGGCCUCAGAAGGCCACAGCGCCUCGAGUGUAGUUCGCUGCUGCGCGGCGCUUGCCCAAGGGGUGAUGAGGACACUCGCCGAAAAUGCAGCAAGGUAAGGGGGCUA